AUGGAGAAGCAAAGAAAGAAAGAUCACCGGGCUUUGCUCAAUCCUGGAGAGGAGAACGAACUGGAGGUGUUUGGCUACCAGACUCAAAAUCUUCGUAGAGCUUUCUGCCUUGUAGCUUCCAUACUGACCUGUGGGAUCCUUCUGCUGGUGUUCUACUGGAGACCCCAGUGGAGGGUGUGGGCCUAUUGCAUCCCAUGUUCCUUGCAAGAAGCUGACACUGUGCUGCUAAGGACAACGGAUGAAUUUCAAAAAUAUAUUAGAAAGAAGGUGAUCUGCCUCUACUUAUCGACUCUGAAGUUUCCUAUAUGCAAGAACCCCAAUGAUCUUUUGGUGGCUGAUAGACACUCUGUAAUAAAUCGAGCUGUAUUGAAGCCAGAAUUAAAAUUACGAUGCAUACAAGUACAGAAAAUCAGGUAUGUUUGGGACAACUUGGAGAAGAGGUUUCAGAAAGUUGGGUCACUGGAGGACAGUAAUUCCUGUUAUGACAUACAUCACACAUUUGGAUUGGGUUUGACCAGUAAGGAGCAAGAGAUCAGAAGAUUAGUAUGUGGGCCCAAUGCCAUUGAGGUGGAAAUCCAGCCUAUAUGGAAGCUGCUUGUUAAACAGGUUUUAAAUCCAUUUUAUAUAUUCCAAGCAUUUACACUAACAUUGUGGCUGUCUCAAGGAUACACAGAAUAUUCUGUGGCCAUCAUUAUCCUGACUGUUUUGUCUAUUAACUUAAGCGUCUAUGAUUUACGACAGCAAUCAGUGAAGCUGCACAAACUGGUGGAGGAUCACAACAAAGUCCAGGUUACAAUCACCGUUAAUGGCAAAGGUUUGCAGGAGCUGGAGUCCCGUCUCUUGGUUCCUGGAGAUGUUCUUAUUCUUCCAGGAAAAUUAUCAUUACCGUGUGAUGCUAUUUUGAUUGAUGGAAGCUGUGUGGUGAAUGAAGGCAUGCUCACAGGAGAAAGUAUUCCUGUUACAAAGACACCAUUGCCCCAUGUGGAGAGUACCACAGCUUGGAAAUGUCACAGUUUGGAGGACUACCGAAAACAUGUCCUUUUCUGCGGAACAGAAGUCAUCCAGGUCAAGCCCUCUGGACAAGGACCAGUGAGAGCAGUUGUUCUGCAAACAGGGUACAAUACAGCAAAGGGGGAUUUGGUGAGAUCCAUUCUCUAUCCCCGACCUCUAAACUUCAAGCUGUACAGUGAUGCCUUCAAAUUCAUAGUAUUUCUGGCAUUCCUUGGAAUUCUGGGCUUUUUCUAUGCCCUGGGUGUAUAUAUGUACCAUGGGGUUUCUCAAAAAGAUACAGCAACUAUGGCCCUACUACUUCUCACUGUGACUGUCCCUCCUGUGCUGCCAGCUGCCCUGACCACAGGCAUUGUGUAUGCCCAGAAGAGGCUGAAGAAAAAGAAAAUCUUCUGCAUCUCUCCACAGAGGAUCAAUAUGUGUGGACAAAUAAACCUCGUGUGCUUUGACAAAACUGGCACUCUUACAGAAGAUGGACUGGACCUCUGGGGAAUUAUCCCCACUGCUGACAAUUGCUUCCAGGAAGUUCACAGCUUUGCCUCUGGCAAGGUUUUGCCAUGGAGUCCACUAUGUGCUGCCAUGGCCAGCUGCCACUCACUUAUCCUACUGGAUGGGACCAUCCAGGGAGACCCACUAGACCUCAAAAUGUUUGAAGGCACCGCUUGGAUAAUGGAAGAUUGCAAUGCAAACUACUGCAAAAUUGGGACUUCAGAUUCAAACGUUAUAAUAAAACCAGGGCCAAAUGCUAGUCAGAGUCCUGUGGAAGCCAUCACCAUCUUGUGUCAGUUUCCCUUUUCCUCAAGUCUGCAGAGGAUGUCUGUGGUGGCCCAGCUGGCAGGAGAGGAUCAGCUCCAUGUCUACAUGAAGGGUGCCCCAGAGAUGUUGGUUAGGUUCUGCAGAUCUGAAACAGUGCCCAAGAAUUUCUCAAGGGAACUGAGGAAUUACACAAUACAAGGCUUCCGUGUCAUUGCUCUUGCCCAUAAAACUUUGAAAGUGCGGAAGAUUUCAGAAGUGGAGAAUUUAGUCAGAGAGAAGGUUGAGUCAGAGUUAACAUUUCUGGGACUUCUUAUUAUGGAGAACCGCUUGAAAAAGGAGACCACACAAGUCCUGAGAGAACUGCAGGAGGCUUGCAUUAGGACCGUGAUGAUUACAGGUGAUAACAUUCAAACAGCUAUUACUGUUGCGAAGAAUUCUGGAAUGAUUCCUCAGGGAAGCCAAGUGAUCCUGGUUGAAGCCAACGAACCAGAAAAGUUUCUCCCUGCCUCUGUGACCUGGAAGCUAGUAGAGAACCCAGAGAAUGGACCUGGGCAGAAUGAAAACUACAUUAAUAUUAGAAACAGCUCGGUGUCCAGUGGAAAAAGAAUGAACUCUUACCAUUUUGCAAUGAGUGGGAAAUCAUACCAAGUGAUAGUUCAGCAUUUUAGUAACCUGCUUCCAAAAAUUCUAGUGAAUGGAACCAUUUUUGCAAGAAUGUCACCUGGACAGAAAUCAAGUCUUAUUGAAGAAUUUCAAAAGUUAAAUUAUUAUGUGGGCAUGUGUGGAGAUGGAGCAAAUGACUGUGGAGCUUUGAAAAUGGCUCAUGCGGGCAUCUCUCUGUCAGAGCAGGAGGCAUCUGUGGCAUCCCCUUUUACCUCAAAAACAGCCAACAUCGAGUGUGUGCCUCAUCUCAUCAGAGAAGGCCGAGCGGCUCUAGUUUCAUCCUUUGGAGUAUUUAAAUACUUGACCAUGUAUGGAAUAAUCCAGUUUUUUGGUACAUCACUUCUCUAUUGGCAACUUCAACUUUUUGGCAAUUACCAGUAUCUCAUGCAAGAUGUAGGCAUCACCUUGAUGGUCUGUUUAACAAUGAGUUCUACUCAUGCUUACCCAAAGCUGGCACCAUACAGACCAGCAGGACAACUCCUCUCUCCACCUCUGCUCCUCUCUGUCAUUUUGAAUACCUGUUUCACCUGUAUUGUGCAGCUGAGUGCAUUUCUUUUUGUAAAGCAGCAGCCCUGGUAUUGUGAGGUUUACAAAUACAGUGAUUGUUAUCUGGUGAACCAGAGUGACUUUUCAACAAAUGUGAGUUUGCAAAAAAACUGGACUGGAAAUGCAACUAUGAUUCCUGCUUCCAUUUUAAGUUUUGAGAGUACCACACUGUGGCCCAUCACCACCAUCAGUUGCAUCACAUUAGCAUUUAUCUUUUCUAAAGGAAAACCUUUUAGAAAACCCAUCUAUACCAAUUAUAUAUUCUCAUUUCUGCUGCUCUCUGCCUUGGGCAUCACAAUUUUCAUUAUGUUUUCUGAUUUCCAAGCUAUAUACCAUGGAAUGGAGUUUAUCCCAACCAUAACAUCAUGGAGAGUUUCCGUUCUGAUGGCAGCCCUAACCCAAUUCUGUGUUGCCUUCUUUGUAGAGGAUGCCAUCCUUCAAAAUCGAGAACUCUGGUUAUUGAUCAAGAAAAAAUUUGGAUUCUAUUCUAAAAGUCAGUAUAGAACCUGGCAAAAGAAGCUGGCAGAAGACUCAACCUGGCCUCCCACAAAGGGAACAGAUUAUUCAGGAGAUGGCAAAAAUGGAUUCUACAUCAACAUGGGCUAUGAAAGCUCUGAAAAUAUUCCAAAAGAAAAGCUUGAAUCGGAAGGCCAAACCAUAGAACAGCAUUUUUGGACCAGAUUGUAA